UACUCGGGUAAUCGGAUAUUGAUACAUGUAUUCAUCUGUCAAGUAGAAUGCUAAAGUAAACAAAUUGAUACAACAGCUGUUUACGUUUACAUUUCUUUGUUAAUGUAAUUAGUUAUUUUAAUUUAUGAAUAAAAGUAGUCUCGAAAUAUAUGGUUAGAAUAAUUUAUAUAUUAGAAUGAGUGUGACAAAAGUAGAUACUAUUUGUCCUCUAUGUGGAAAUGAAAUCAGAGGCAAUAUAAACCGAUUGGUGACUGAUAGUUGUGGGCACAGCAAAUGUCGCCGAUGUUUACUUGCUGAUGAUGAAUGCACAGAAUGUUCAAAGCUAAAAAAAUGUAAUACUGAAAAUAAUAAGGACCAAACUACAGGCGUUGAUGCAAUUGUUGCGAAAGUAGCAGUCGAAACGAAUCAUAAUACAAUGACAAAAAAUAUUAGGAAGAAAGGUAGAAAAGUUGUCACUAUGCCAUCGCACAUUCAACGUUUAUCCAAUGAUUUGGACUCCAGUGUCCGCUAUUAUUGCACACAUUGUGGGAAAAAAUUUGGCAGCCGAACGCAACAAUACUAUCAUUUGUCAUGUGGCAGUGAGGAUUCCAAGAAAUACAAGUGUCUGCAAUGUGCCAAGACAUUUUCUACAAAAUCACACUUCAAAUAUCACAUGGAAACACAUGAGAAGCACAUACACCAUUGUCGAGAGUGUAACAAAUCAUUCGCCAAUCGAAUAGUGUUGCAGAAGCAUGAGAAGCUUCAUCAUGCUCCUUCACUUCAAUGUACAGAGUGUAGUAAAUCAUUUCGUAAUAAGGAGUCUCUGUCAGGUCAUGCUCGGCUAAUCCACGGCGAUAAGGACUUACCGUACAAGUGUGAAGUCUGUGAGAAAAGCUAUGCUUUGAAAUCCACUUUAAAACAACACAUACAAAAACACCUUGAUAAAAAGUAUGCAUGUCAAUACUGUGAUAAACGUUUCCAACGUAACUAUACACUCAAAUUACACCUUAAAAAACAUACAAAGACUGAUUGUUAUAUUUGUGGUAUUUGCUUAUGUAAAUUCAGUGAUAAUGCGGUUUUGUUGCGACAUGUCAAGCUACAUCAAGAUGCCGUUAAAUACCGAUGUCGAGAAUGCGAUGCAACCAUAAUGCGCAAGGAUAACAUGUUGCGACAUAUCCGCACUAUUCAUCCAAAUCGUACUUUUGAGAACUGUGUUGAAAUCACAAGCCCCAUUAACUCCAAACCGCUUAAAGCAAUUGAAUCUGAUGAAUAUUUAAGAUGUUCAUCACCAAUUAGUGAACCAAAGACUGUAGAGAAUAGUGCUGUUAUCAAAUGCAUAGGGAAUGUCCAACCAAUGAAAGUUCCUACUUACCACGUUUCCACUAUACUCACCCCAAAUAUUCAAACAACUUCUACCCAAACCGAUAUUGCAGCCAACAUCUCGAAGAACGAUUCUACAAUUAUUAUGUUUCCAAAAGUACCCUUAAAUGGAAAUGUUGUGACUAGUGGGACUUCCACAGUUGUUCAGAAGAAAGUUAAAAAGUACGACCCAAUUAAAAUGUAUCGAAAGAUUUUAACUUCCGAUCGAGAUGAAAGUGCUACCGAGAGUGAAAGUGAAAAAGAAGAAGUGUAUAGCAUAAAUCCGCUCUAUUCUGAUAAUACAGGUUCUUGUGUGAGCUUAACAACUCCUGAAAAACAAGUAACGAUUAACACGUCGAAUUUCAGUGAGAUGCAUUGGCGAAAAAACUUUCGUUAUACCUACCAAUAUCAAGACUUUUAAAUAUUUUUUACCAUUGAUUGAUAUUGAUUGUAGACGCGUACGUUUGAAGUAUUUUUCUAAUACAUUAACUUAUAUAAUUUGAAAAAUAUACAAACAAUUAUAGUGUAUUAUUAAUAAACAUUAACUUUUUAUAUUUUAUUGCAAACAAAUUUAA